AUUUGGUAUGCCACAGAUAUAGUUUAGAAAAAAUGCCUGUCUCGCUAGUUUUCCAUUAGCCUCAGCGAUCACUCGAAAGAGGCGCCUUCGACUAGCCCCCAAGUUAUGAGGUUACGAUCGUUGACACGGACGCAGAUUGAUAUCGAAAUGAACCUUCGUGGUUCUUGCUAAUGAUGUUGUCAAAUACGAGAAAUCGUCGCCGAGUUCUUUCGUACGCGUUCGUCUCGUUGCAUUUACUCGCUAUUCGAGAUUCACCAAGCUACGUGAAAAAUCGCACGCGUGCAUAUGAUUCGUAAAAUAUAUUGUACUAGGUUUGACCGUUUCAGUAUCACGUGUACUUGGAGAUGUUAGAAGUUGGCUUGAGGGUAGUUCGUGGACAGGAUUGGAAGUGGGAUGACCAAGAUGGUGGAGAAGGUCAUGCAGGAACAGUCGUUGAAAUUGGCAAACCUCCCUCCUGUGGCAACUCUGCUUCCAGUCCAAAUCCAUCAGAUAGGACACCAGAUAAAACUGUUAUUGUUCAAUGGGACCAUGGAUCCAGAAGCAAUUAUAGAAUUGGAUACCAGGGAGCUUAUGACCUUCUGGUAUUCGAUAAUGCAGCCACAGGAGUUAAGCAUGCAAAUAUCAUAUGUGAUGGAUGUAAAAGACAUGGGAUAAUUGGUAUUAGAUGGAAAUGCAUGCAAUGUUGCGACUAUGAUUUAUGUACUCAGUGCUACAUGGCUGAAGUGCAUGAUCUAAGCCAUUGUUUUGAAAGAUAUCAAACAGCCAACUCUGUGGGAGUUCAAUUGAAUCCCAGAGAAGGCUGCACCAAGAUUCCUUUAAAAGGAAUAUUUAUAGGGGCCAAAGUUAUUCGCGGUCCUGAUUGGGAAUGGGGAAAUCAAGAUGGAGGAAGAGGAAAAACUGGCAGAGUCAUGGAUAUACGUGGAUGGGAUAAUGAAAGUAGUCGUUCAGUGGCCACUGUAUCAUGGUCUAAAGGCAGCACAAACGUUUACCGACUCGGGUACAAGGGUUGUGUAGAUUUAUGUUAUGUGGAGGAAGCUAUGGCUGGCACAUACUAUAAGGAGCACCUCCCGCUCCUUGGGCAACCGAUAAUGACCGUACCUGACAAUGGAGCCAACGUAACCCCGACAAGGAAUGGUGUUCCUUUUGCUGUAUCUAGUCCACGCCACUCAACUUUCAACGUUGGGGACAAAAUAAAAGUAUUGGUUGCAGUAGAGACGCUCAAAGAGAUGCAAGAAGGUCACGGUGGUUGGAAUCCACGCAUGGCCGAGUAUAUAGGAAAGAUCGGCAGAGUUCACCGUAUCACAGAUAAGGGAGAUGUACGUGUACAAUUUGAGGGAUGUAACAACAGAUGGACGUUUCACCCGGGCGCAUUAACAAAAGUCACCAGCAAAGACAGUUUUUCUUUAGGCGACAUAGUUAGAGUGAAAACCGACUUAUCCGCUGUUAAACUCUAUCAACGAGGUCACGGAGAAUGGAUAGACGUGAUGAAAAAUGCUCUGGGAAAAACCGGGAAAGUAAUCAAAAUAUAUUCUGACGGAGAUUUAAGAGUAGCUUUAGAUGGUCAUACAUGGACGUUCAAUCCUUUAAGCGUCACAUCCGUUCCUCCUGGAACUGAAACUGUUGCUUUACAGGAUGAAGUGAAUAAAAGUCGAGAUUGGACAGCUGAAGGUGUGGACACAGAGGUUGAAAAAUUAUUAAGAGAUGCAGCCAGAGGUGAGGCUGGAGUCUCUGCAGUUCAAGAAUUUCUCAAAAAGUAUCCUGGUAGAGUAGAUGCGAGAGCUGGCGGCCCAGGAGGUGGUAAAAAGACCUGUCUUCAAGUGGCGGCUCAUCAAGGGCAAAAGGAUCUCUGUAUUCUUCUCCUGGAUGCUGGAGCUUCUUUACGAGCUGUAGACGAGGACGGAGACACGCCUCUUCACUAUGCUGCUUUCGGCAAUCAACCGGAAAUAAUGGAGCUACUUCUAUCACGUGGCGCAGCAAUUAACGCUGUGAACAAUGGGAAAUGUAGCGCGCUGCACGUUGCCGUGAACAAACAACACGCUCAGUGUGUUAAAGUAUUAUUACGUCACCAUUGCGACGUUAAUCUGCAAGACUCGUACGGAGAUACGGCAUUGCACGAUGCCAUCGGGAAAGAUGCUCUGGAUAUAAUCGAUGCUCUUUGUUCGUGCGAUAGGGUGGAUUUCACCUUGAGAAACAAACGAGGCUUCAAUGUGUUACAUCAUGCUGCCUUGAAGGGUAAUGCUCAUGCAACAGAAAGAUUAGUGGCACGAGCAAGACAUCUUGUAGAUGUUAAAAAAGAAGAUGGUUUUGCGGCAUUGCACCUUGCAGCUUUGAACGGCCAUAAAGACGUAGCCGCCAUGCUUCUUUCUCCGACUGGUGGAAAUGCGAAAGUAGAUUUGCGGAACAAUCGCCGACAGACCCCUUUGCAUCUUGCUACUUCGCAAGGACAUUGGGCUUUAGUGGAAUUUCUUGUGCAUCAUAAUGCUGACAUUGCUAGCACGGAUGCAGAUGGAGAUACGGUGCUACAUAUUGCUAUAGUGAAGUGUCCCAAUCAGAGUAACGUGGUUCCUACGCCUGAAAGUUGUCGGGAUUCUCCCCUUAUCUACGCGAUAUGGCAAAAUUUGGCUCGCCAAGGCGCAAAGACAGAACUCGCGUUAGCUUGUUUCCUAGUAAGUGUGGACAGGAGUUGUACACUACUGAAACAUGUGAAGAACUCAAAGAACAAGACACCAUUGGAUCUUCUCGAAGCUGAUUGCCAAUUAGCCCCGCAUACCGACUUGCUACGGUGUUACCAAUACCAAAGUCAGAGUACUCAAUUAGAAAUAGAAAAUACUCCUGCUUCUCAGCCUUCCAUAUAUCAGAUAGACACAGCGUUACAAUCGGAAGUAGUGCGUGGAACGAGAAAGUGUAUUCCAGGUUCUGGUGACGCUUCUGAAUGUCACAGUUGCUUAGGUAUAGUGACAAACGCGAUGAAAGAUGGAAAUAGAUUUAAUCCGGGCAGCAGUGUUGUUAUCAACUGUGCACAAUGUGGUCAUGGAAUUGCCAAAACGAAAGCUAAUCAAGAUGGCCAAGCAACGGGAGAUAUUCCUUUGACGAAACAGGAAGAGAAUGUGAAAGAUAAUUCAUUGGAUGAGAGGAAGAAGGAAGAGGAUCAUCAGGGUAAGGAAAGAGAGAAAGAUAAGGAUUUAGAACGUUUGCGUUAUUUGGAAACAAGAGUGGCCGAUCUGGAGGAAGCUAAUAUGUGUAGCAUUUGCAUGGAACGCCGUCGAAAUGUCGCCUUCUUAUGUGGUCAUGGGGCCUGCGAGCAUUGCGCUGCUCCUUUAAAAACCUGUCACAUGUGUCGCAAAGUUAUUACGAAAAAGAUUAAUUUGUAUUAGACAAUCAAGUUGGAAACGUUUGUUCGCCCUCUAGACUAUUUUGCUUCCUAAUAUUCGUACGUUAAAUACGCGAUAUUAUUGGCAUGUAAAAUGAAAUACUGAAUUACAACUGCCAAAAUAUACAAUAUCCCCUUUUUUAAAUAGAAUAUGUUUAAUCAAGUCUCCAUAACCGCACCAAUGUUGUGCCAUAAAUAAAAAUAAAAUUUGGAAGUCAUGUGGGUGAGUGUCACAUUUACAAUUUUUUCUUGUCGAAUUUGUAGUUAUUUUCAACAAAAUAAUCACGUGCUUCUCUUUCUCGGAUUACAAACGACACUUUGCCCGUUGUUUCCCGUCCAUUUUUUAUCAUUAGUUAAAAAUAAGCAUUUUGUAAAAACCUCCUUCUUCUGUACUAUAGAUAUGGAAUCAAACCAUCAUUGAGCAUUCCAAAAAGUUCAUAAAAAUAGGAUACAUAUCCUCUACACUUCUGAUGAAUAUUUUGGGAUUCUCUUUUUUGUUAAUAAUACAUAUUUGACUGAAUAACAACAUAACGCCAUUAAGUAUAAUGGAGAUUCAUGUAAAUGAACUUGCAAAUUUUCAUACAUAUCGUAAAUACUUUUCCAUAAUAUACAAUGUAUAUUAUUAUUAAUUGUAGAGAGUAUGUACUGUUUCUAUUAUUUUGUAUGUAAUGUUGAUGUGACAUUAGUAGUAGUAUGAAAAUUUAGUACACACACACAUACACACACACACACACAUUAUAUAUAUAUAAUUUUAUAUAUAUAUAUAAAAGUGGAUAUCAAAGGAUAUUGCUUCUAGCCAAAAUUAAUAUAAAAAAUUAUACUUAUUAAUUUAUAAAGUCCUUUUGUGAUUAUAUGAAUAAUAAAGUGAGAAUAAUAAAGAUUAAUCGACAAAGGUAACUGUCCAUUGUAAAACAUGUGCCACUAAUAGUAUUGAAUCGAACAAAUCGUUUUAUAGAACAGAAGUAUAUUGAUAAUAUUUAUACGAAAAAAUCCUCUCAAAGAAUGUGCGAUACUAUUGCUAAAGUUGGAAUAUCAUUACCUCUGAUUAAACUAUAGUGGUCCAAGCGCUGAACUCCUUAGAUAUAUAACCAUAAAAAUAUACCAUUGUACCAAUUAUAUAUUUUACAGAUUUCUUCAAAGAAACGACACAAUUUCUAUAUUAUCAUUGCAUUUUAGAAAUUUAAUUUGGGACUUUACAGCUGACAUAACAUUUGUAUUAAUAAUUCAAUUUACUAAAAAAGAAAACAAUAAUUUUCCUUCUCUCUUCUUUUAUAAUAAUAGUUGUAUUGUCACGAAGUCUGUGUUGCGCGUAACUACAAUUCAUUAUAUUAUAUGAACUAUGAUAGCGUAGCUUUUUAAGCGUCGAUAAUAAAUUUCUACAAUUUUACGUGAUUCAAGACAUUAUUUAAAUAAACAAUUUCAAAAUGAGUAACUUUAA